UAACUUAGUUUUGCUUACCAUGGACAAGGAUGAACCAAUUCGAUUGUAUGAUAUGACCGAUUAUUAUAUUGGUCUUGGACUUGCUUUGUCUUCGAGCGGUUUUAUUGGAGCAAGUUUCAUUAUAAAGAAAAAAGCUCUUGUUCAAAUAUCAUUAGGAAGUGGACGCAGAGCAGCUAAUGGUGGAUAUGGAUAUUUAAGUAAUUGGUUAUGGUGGUUUGGAUUAUCUAUGAUGGGCUUUGGAGAAGUAUUUAACUUUGCUGCUUAUGCUUUUGCCCCAGCUUCAGUGGUUACGCCACUAGGUGCACUUAGUGUCAUUGUUGCAGCAAUAUUAUCUUCGAAGUAUUUAAAUGAACAGCUUAAUUUAUUGGCAAAGAUUGGUUGCUUUAUGUGUAUAAUUGGUUCAACGGUGAUGGUAAUUCAUUCUCCAAAAGAAGAAACCGUUGACUCCCUAGAAGAUUUAUUACAGAAACUUACAGAACCUGGCUUCAUCAUAUAUACUAGCAUAAUGUUGAUUAUAAUUUUCUCAAUAUUCUUCUAUUUUGGUCCACGAUAUGGUUCAUCAAAUGUUAUAGUUUAUGUUAUAAUGUGUUCAACUAGUGGUUCAUUAACUGUUAUGUGGUGUAAAGGACUUGGACUUGCUAUAAGAGAAACAAUAGCAGGUACAAGUGAAUUCACGAAUUGGUUAACUUAUAUGUUUAUCGUCUUGCUGAUUACAUUUGUGUGUAUACAAAUGAACUAUUUGAACAAAGCUUUAGACACUUUCAACACAAGUGUAGUUACACCUGUUUAUUAUGUUAUGUUUACAACUCUUGUAAUAACAGCCUCGGCAAUAUUAUUCAAGGAAUGGGAACACCUGCAACUAAAUGAUAUUAUUGGCAUAAUUUGUGGAUUCCUUAUAACUGUGACUGCAAUAUUUAUGUUGAAUACAUUCCGAGAUGUGGAUAUGUCACGCAGUCAUUUUGCAUGGCGGACUCGUCAACCAAUUACAAGGAAGUCUACAGUUGAAGAAAAUGCUCAAACUUCUGCCCUUAUUAAAAAUAAUACACAAUAUGGUACAAGGAAUGUUUGACAUUCAAAUAACAACACUAUUCAAUUUAAGAUCAAAAGGAAAAUAGUGAAAAUAUUAAAAUCCUUCGAACCAGGAUAAAAUAGAUUUUAUAUUAUUUUAUAUAAUAUACAUUUAGUAAUUUUUUUUUGGUUUUUAGUUUCACUUUUCUAAAUUAAAUAGUAUGUACAUAGUAAUACGUUUACUUAAAUAGUUGUAUAAAAACAUCAUGAAAGCGAUUUGAAGGGGGUUGAUUAGUACUCCCAGUUUUUUCAUUAAAUUUGCGCCACUGAAUGUCAUACAUUUUAUUUAUAUUGUGUAUAACUAACAAAUUAGAAUAUUAUUUUUAUCAGUUACUAUCUUCCAAUUGCUUUUUUUAUAUUAUACCUAAAGAAAUUUAUAUAUGUAUUUACCUAAUUAAUAAUUGUAAUGCUUAUCUAUAAGCUUACACAAUAACUGUUUUUACAUAUCUAGUGAAAACUAAAAUACCAUCAGUGUACUAUUAAAUAUAAAAAUUAAUAUUUUUUUAUUUAUUAUGAUAAUUGUAUAAUAUAUUAUAAAUAAUGUAGGUCACCAAUUAUUAUCACCAAUUACAAUGUUUAUAUGCAAUCGUUAAUGCACAUUAGAGUAUUUCAUCAGCUGUUAUAAAUAAUUAAUACGUGUUAGCUUGAUGAAAGUUAAAGUCGUUUAUAUGCACCUAACUACCAAAUUAACUUACUCUUAUGUGUAUAAGCGAUAGCAUAUGAAUUGGGUAAAUAUAAGACUGCUUAAAUAUUAAAAAUAAUAAAUAUAUUUACUGUUUAUAUAACGAUAUUUCUUAACAAAUACAUUUUACCAAUCCAUUACAAUGUUAAAAUAUAAAAAUAAAUAUUUAAUUUUGUAUUUUGAUAACAAAGUACUUAUUUAA